UUGCGUUGUUGAUCGGCUGGGGUGAGUCUCCAUUUGCCUGCAACUUCGAGAUGGGGGAGGCUGGUUGAGGAUCGCGGCUAAGAUGGCCGUGAGCUCUGCGCCCCUCUGGCUCCUGGUGCUGCUGGCGAUCGCCCAGUGGGAGAGUUCCGUUGGCGCCUCCUCCCACUCCCUGAAGUAUUUCUACACCUCCAUCUCGGACCCCAGUCAGGGGCAGCAGCCCCACUUUGUCGCUGUGGGGUACGUGGAUGGUCAGAUCUUCAAUUACUACGACAGCCACAGCCAGAGGGUGCAGCCUCGAGCCUCCUGGAUGGAGAAGUUGGGGAAGGAGGAUCCCCAGUACUGGGACAGAAACACCCAGAUAAUACGUGGCCAUGAGGAGUCGUUCAGAGUAAACCUGGAGACUCUGAGGAGUCGCUACAAUCAGAGCGAAGGCCUUCACACAUUGCAGUGGAUGUAUGGCUGUGAGCUCCAGAGAGAUGGAAGCAAAGGUUGGUUUUUCCAGUAUCGCUACGAAGGGAGGAACUUCAUCACCUUUGACAAGGAGACCCUCACCUGGGUGGCUUCCGAUCAACAGGCCCAGAUCACCAAAAGGAAAUGGGACGCUAUUCCAGGAUAUAAUCAGAGAUGGAAAGACUACCUGGAGGAAAUCUGCAUUGAGUGGCUGGAGAAGUACCUGUCCUAUGGGAAUGACACACUGCUGAGGACAGAGACCCCAAAGGUGAUGGUGAGCAGCAGGAAGGAGGUGGAGGAUGGGAUGGAGACGCACAUCUGCCGGGUCCAUGGCUUCUACCCCAGGGAGAUCGAUGCCUCCUGGAGGAGGGAUGGGGAGGUAUCGCUGGAAGAGACCUUCCAUGGGUCUGUGGCCCCCAACGCGGAUGGGACCUACCACUACUGGAUCAGCAUCCAGAUCGACCCCAAAGAGAGGAGCCGCUAUCGGUGCCACGUGGAGCACGACGGCCUGCAGGAGCCUCUGGACUUGGAGCUGAAGGAACCAUCCAAUUCAAAAUCCAACCUGGGGCUCAUCAUUGGCUGUGUUGUGGCUGCCCUUGUCCUGGCGUCUGCGAUUGCUGGGAUCCUGGUAUUCUUCAAGGGACAUCAAACCAACUACAAUGCAACACCAACAAGUGACAGAGGACCCAGCAGUUCAGAACAGGGAAGCAGCCGGGUCAUUUAGCAGCCUCCUCCCAGCAGCCCCAGUGGACAGUCCCAGCAGGAGGAGAGAGGAGUGGACAGUCCCAGCAGGAGGAGAGAAGAGAGACAACAGGAUCGACCUCCUUCUGAAUUAGGCCGGACUCUCAGGAGUCCUUCAGGGCCUUCCUGCACGCUGGAACCAGGGUGGAUUUUUGGUCUUUCAUGAUCACUUUUAGCAUGGGAUCAGUAACCGUUUUUAAUUUAAUUGAGGAAUAGAGGAGGAAAGAGAAUCUUAUGUGUUUAUAAUCGUAGGAUCGAAAGGAUUCAACUUGGAUUUACUAGAUAUUAUUUUAUUUAUAGCCUGCCGAAGGUAUUGAACAUGUCCAACACACCUUCCUCCUCCUAUUUUCCCCACAACGACAACCCUGUGAGGUGGGCUGGGCUGAGAGGGAUUGACUGGCCCAAGGUCACCCAGCUGGCUUUCAUGCCUGAUGCAGGACUUGAACUCACAGUCGCUUUCUACCUUGGUGUUUCACCACUAGGCAAAACUGCCUUGUAUAACUUUGUAACAGCUCUGUAAUAUAGCUUGAUGCAGCCAUAUUGUUAUUUCCGAUGACCUUUAAUGGGCUCCUGAUUGACAGGUUUUAGAGAAGGAUUUGUGGAGAAUGUGGGGAGGAGUAUGAUGAAGAGUUGCUACUUUUACUUUAAGGGAGAGUGAUAAACUGUUAAUCUCCAUCAUACUUGCUUGGGCUGAAUGGAGGUUUUUCCGCACAUUUUUAUUUAAAUCCCUAUUAAUUGUAUAAUGAAGGCCUGUCAAUCGGGUGGCCCACGGGCCGGAUACAUCACAUGCAGGCCACUCUCACCCCAGCUCUGCAAAGGCAAAAACGUCGUGAUAUGUCACAAUCCAGCAUGCAACACAAUCAAAUUUGACACCCCUAAUAUACCGUAUUUUUGAAGUAUAAGACCCACCUUUUUCC